CCACCUGGCGCGGAGUCCCCCGAGGGGACCCAGGGGCUGCGCUCGGCGCGGAGGGGACGCGGACGGAGCGCCGGCCGGGAGGAGGAGCGAAGGCGCGGGCAGAACUUCGCCGGGAACAGGAAGCCCGCGGCGCGGCAGGGGCGGCGGCGGCGCUCGGGGCCGGCGUCCCCGGGGUGGCUUCACUCGCCGCCGCGCGCCGGGGCCGAGCCGCCCGGACCCCGCGCUGCCUCGGCCCGCGCCGGCCCCGCGCGCCGUGGAGACGCCGGCCCCGGCCUCGGGGGCGCCGGCCGGCAUGUCCGACAAGAUGUCCAGCUUCCUCUACAUCGGGGACAUCGUGUCGCUGUACGCCGAGGGCUCGGUGAACGGCUUCAUCAGCACGCUGGGGCUUGUCGAUGACCGGUGCGUGGUACACCCAGAGGCCGGGGACCUCGCCAACCCACCCAAGAAGUUCAGAGACUGCCUGUUCAAGGUGUGCCCUAUGAGCCGCUACUCUGCCCAGAAGCAGUACUGGAAGGCCAAGCAGGCGAAGCAGGGGAGCCACACGGAGGCCGCCCUGCUGAAGAAGCUCCAGCACGCCGCCGAGCUGGAGCAGAGACAGAACGAGUCAGAGAACAGGAAGCUUCUGGGGGAGACCGUCAAGUACAGCAACGUGAUACAGCUGCUGCACAUAAAAAGCAACAAGUACCUGACCGUCAACAAGAGGCUGCCUGCGCUGCUGGAGAAGAACGCCAUGCGCGUGUCCCUGGACGCUGCGGGGAACGAGGGCUCCUGGUUCUACAUCCACCCCUUCUGGAAGCUGAGGAGCGAGGGCGACAACAUCGUCGUAGGAGAUAAAGUUGUUCUGAUGCCUGUAAAUGCUGGGCAGCCCCUGCAUGCCAGCAGCGUGGAGCUCCUGGACAACCCGGGCUGCAAAGAGGUGAACGCUGUUAAUUGUAACACUAGCUGGAAAAUCACUUUAUUCAUGAAAUUCAGCUCCUACCGAGAGGAUGUGCUGAAAGCCGGCGACGUUGUGAGACUGUUUCACGCGGAGCAGGAGAAAUUUCUGACCUGUGAUGACUACGAGAAGAAGCAGCACAUUUUCCUGCGGACGACCUUGCGCCAGUCGGCCACCUCCGCCACUAGCUCUAAAGCUCUCUGGGAAAUAGAGGUGGUUCACCACGAUCCUUGCCGUGGCGGUGCGGGGCAGUGGAACAGCCUGUUCAGGUUUAAACAUCUCGCAACUGGGAACUACUUAGCUGCAGAGCUUAAUCCUGACUAUCGAGAUGCUCAAAGUGAAGGAAAGACUGUGAGAGACGGGGAGCUUCCGGCCUCCAAGAAGAAGCGCCAGGCUGGGGAGAAGAUCAUGUACACCCUCGUCUCCCUUCCCCAUGGAAACGACAUCGCAUCCCUCUUUGAACUUGAUGCCACAACUCUUCAGAGAGCUGACUGCCUGGUUCCAAGGAACUCCUACGUGCGGCUGAGGCACCUGUGCACCAACACGUGGGUGACGAGCACCAGCAUCCCCAUAGACACGGAGGAAGAGAGGCCCGUCAUGCUGAAAAUUGGGACCUGCCAGACCAAGGAAGACAAAGAAGCCUUUGCCAUCGUGUGCGUCCCGCUGUCCGAGGUCCGAGACCUGGACUUCGCCAACGACGCCAACAAGGUGCUGGCCACCACAGUGAGGAAGCUGGAGAAUGGCAGCAUCACUCAGAAUGAGCGGAGAUUUGUGACUAAGUUGCUGGAAGACCUCAUCUUCUUUGUGGCGGAUGUCACUAACAACGGCCAGGACGUGCUGGACGUGGUGGUCACCAAGCCCAACCGGGAGCGGCAGAAGCUCAUGAGGGAACAAAACAUACUAGCACAGGUGUUCGGGAUCCUUAAAGCACCGUUCAAGGAGAAGGCGGGCGAGGGGUCGAUGCUGAGGCUGGAGGACCUGGGCGAUCAGAGAUACGCCCCCUACAAGUAUGUGCUGCGCCUGUGCUACCGCGUGCUGCGCCAUUCGCAGCAGGACUACAGGAAGAACCAGGAGUACAUCGCCAAGAACUUCUGCAUCAUGCAGUCGCAGAUCGGCUAUGACAUUUUGGCAGAGGACACAAUCACGGCCUUGCUACACAAUAACCGCAAACUCCUGGAGAAACACAUCACGGCGAAAGAAAUCGAGACCUUCGUCAGCCUGCUCCGGAGGAACCGGGAGCCCAGGUUUCUGGACUACUUGUCUGACCUCUGUGUGUCCAACAGCACUGCCAUCCCCGUCACUCAGGAACUCAUCUGCAAAUUCAUGCUGAGCCCUGGCAACGCAGACAUCCUCAUUCAGACAAAGCUGGUGUCCAUGCAAGUGGAAAACCCCAUGGAGAGCGCCAUCCUCCCUGACGACAUGGACGACGAGGAAGUUUGGCUCUACUGGAUUGACAGCAACAAGGAGCCCCACGGCAAAGCCAUCAGGCACCUCGCCCAGGAAGCCAGGGAGGGCGCCAAAGCCGACCUCGAGGUUCUGACCUACUACAGGUACCAGCUCAACCUCUUUGCAAGGAUGUGCUUGGACCGCCAGUAUCUGGCCAUCAACCAGAUUUCCACACAGCUGUCUGUAGACCUGAUCCUGCGGUGCAUGUCUGAUGAGAGCCUGCCCUUUGACCUCCGAGCAUCCUUCUGUCGGCUCAUGCUCCACAUGCAUGUUGACCGUGACCCCCAGGAGUCCGUGGUGCCUGUUCGCUACGCCCGGCUCUGGACGGAAAUCCCCACAAAGAUCACCAUUCAUGAGUAUGACUCCAUCACAGACUCUUCCAGAAAUGACAUGAAGACGAAGUUUGCCCUGACGAUGGAAUUUGUUGAGGAAUAUUUGAAAGAAGUUGUAAAUCAGCCAUUUCCUUUUGGGGACAAAGAGAAGAAUAAACUGACAUUUGAGGUGGUGCACCUGGCGAGGAACCUGACAUACUUUGGCUUCUAUAGUUUCAGCGAGUUGCUGCGGCUGACAAGAACCCUGCUGGCUAUCCUGGACAUCGUCCAGGCCCCCGUGUCUUCAUAUUUUGAAAGAUUAAGCAAGUUUCAAGAUGGAAGCAACAACGUCAUGAGGACCAUCCACGGAGUGGGAGAGAUGAUGACACAAAUGGUGCUCAGCCGGGGCUCCAUCUUCCCGGUGAGUGUGCCCGAUGCGCAGCCCAGCGUCCACCCCAGCAAGCAGGCGAGCCCUGGAGAGCAGGAGGACGUGACGGUGAUGGACACCAAGCUGAAGGUCAUCGAGAUUCUACAGUUCAUCCUGAGCGUCAGGCUGGACUACCGCAUCUCAUACAUGCUGUCCAUAUACAAGAAGGAGUUCGGGGAGAGCAGCGACAACGGUGACGCGGCUGCCGGCGGCUCCCCGGACACGCUGCUGCCGUCAGCCCUCGUUCCUGACAUCGACGAGAUCGCGGCCCAGGCAGAAACCAUGUUUGCUGGAAGAAAGGAGAAAGCGCCGGUGCAGCUGGACGACGAGGGGGGCCGGACGUUUCUGCGGGUGCUCAUCCACCUCGUCAUGCACGACUACCCCCCGCUGCUGUCUGGAGCCCUGCAGCUGCUCUUCAAGCACUUCAGCCAGAGGGCGGAGGUGCUGCAGGCCUUCAGGCAGGUGCAGUUACUGGUGUCAAACCAAGAUGUUGAUAACUACAAGCAAAUCAAGGCAGAUCUGGACCAGCUGCGGCUGACAGUGGAGAAAUCCGAGCUGUGGGUUGAGAAGAGCAGCAGCUACGAGAAUGGCGAGAUGGGGGAAGGUCAGGCCAAAGGAGGCGAAGAGACCAACGAGGACUCCAACCUCUUGAGUCCGGUGCAGGAUGGCAUGAAGACACCUCAGAUCGACAGCAACAAAGGGAACAACUACCGGAUCGUCAAGGAGAUCCUGAUCAGGCUGAGCAGGCUGUGUGUGCAGAACAAGAAGUGCCGCAGCCAGCACCAGCGCUUGCUGAAGAACAUGGGCGCCCACGCCGUGGUGCUGGACCUUCUGCAGAUCCCCUACGAAAAGAAUGAUGAGAAGAUGAACGAGGUGAUGGAGUUAGCCCACGCCUUCCUGCAGAACUUCUGCCGGGGGAACCCACAGAACCAAGCUCUCCUUCACAAGCAUCUCAAUUUGUUCCUGACUCCUGGACUCCUCGAAGCAGAGACCAUGCGGCACAUCUUCAUGAGCAACUACCUCCUGUGCAGCGAGCUCAGCGAGAGGGUGGUCCAGCACUUCGUGCGCUGCAUUGAGACGCACGGCCGCCACGUGGAGUACCUGCGCUUCCUGCAGACCAUCGUGAAGGCCGACGGCAAGUACGUGAAGAAGUGCCAGGAUAUGGUGAUGACCGAGUUGAUCAAUGGGGGUGAAGACGUGCUGGUGUUUUACAACGACAGAGCCUCGUUCCCCAUCCUCCUCAACAUGAUGUGCUCCGAGAGAGCCCGUGGGGAUGAGCGCGGGCCCCUGGCCUACCACAUCACCCUGGUGGAGCUGCUGGCCGCAUGCACGGAGGGGAAGAAUGUGUACACGGAGAUCAAGUGCAAUUCCCUGCUGCCCCUGGAGGACAUCGUGAGGGUGGUCACGCACGAGGACUGUAUCCCUGAGGUCAAAAUUGCAUAUGUGAACUUUGUCAACCACUGUUACGUCGACACCGAGGUGGAGAUGAAAGAGAUCUACACAAGUAACCACAUCUGGAGGCUGUUUGAGAACUUCCUGGUGGAUAUGGCAAGAGUGUGUAACACCACCACGGACCGGAAGCACGCCGACACCUUCCUGGAGAGGUGCGUGACCGAGGCCGUCAUGAGCAUCGUGAGCGGCUUCUUCAACUCGCCCUUUUCAGACAACAGCACCAGCCUGCAGACCCACCAGCCUGUCUUUAUCCAGCUGCUGCAGUCUGCCUUCAGAAUUUACAACUGCACCUGGCCCAGCCCGGCCCAGAAGGCCUCGGUGGAGUCCUGCAUCAGGGCCCUGGCGGAAGUGGCCAAAAAUCGUGGGAUUGCGAUCCCUGUGGACUUGGACAGCCAGGUGAACACCCUCUUCAUGAAGAACCAUUCAAGUACCGUGCAGAGAGCGGCCAUGGGCUGGAGGCUGUCUGCUCGCUCUGGACCUCGCUUCAAGGAAGCUCUCGGAGGGCCUGCCUGGGACUACAGAAACAUCAUUGAGAAGUUACAGGACGUCGUGGCCUCCCUGGAGCAGCAGUUCAGCCCCAUGAUGCAGGCUGAGUUCUCCGUGCUCGUGGACGUGCUGUACAGCCCGGAGCUGCUGUUCCCGGAGGGAAGCGAUGCCAGGAUAAGAUGUGGAGCCUUCAUGUCGAAGCUGAUUAAUCACACGAAGAAACUGAUGGAGAAGGAGGAGAAGCUGUGCAUUAAAAUCCUCCAGACGCUGCGGGAGAUGCUGGAGAAGAAGGACAGCUUCGUGGAGGAGGGUAGCACACUGCGGAGAAUCCUCCUGCAUCGGUACUUCAAAGGUGACCAUAGUAUUGGUGCGAGCGGACCUCUGUCGGGAGCCUACGCCAAGCCUUCGCAAGCAGGAGGAGGCUUCUCUGGACAGGACUCGGAUAAGACGGGGACUUCGGUGUCCGACAUCCAGUGUCUGCUGGACAAGGAAGGGGCGUCCGAGCUUGUCAUCGACGUCCUAGUGAGCACCAAGAACGACAGGAUUUUUUCCGAGGGCAUCUUGCUGGGCAUCGCCCUGCUGGAAGGAGGAAACACGCAGACUCAGUAUUCUUUCUACCAGCAGUUGCAUGAACAAAAAAAGUCAGAAAAAUUCUUCAAAGUCCUUUAUGAUCGGAUGAAAGCUGCUCAGAAAGAGAUCAGAUCCACGGUGACUGUCAACACCAUAGACUUAGGGAGCAAGAAGAGAGAUGAUGACAGUGACCUCAUGGCCUUGGGCCCUCGGAUGAGAGCGAGAGACCCAUCACUGCACUUGAAGGAGGGGAUGAGAGGGCAGCUAGCAGAGGCCUCGUCAGUGACGUCGAAGGCCUACUGUGUGUACCGAAGGGAGAUGGACCCCGAGGUAGACACGGUGUGCCCGGGCCAGGAAGCGGGAAGUGCGGAGGAGAAGUCUGCAGAGGAGGUCACCAUGAGCCCCGCCAUCACCAUCAUGCGGCCCAUCCUCAGGUUCCUGCAGCUGCUGUGUGAGAACCACAACCGGGAGCUUCAGAACUUCUUGAGGAAUCAGAACAACAAGACAAACUACAACCUGGUGUGUGAGACACUUCAGUUUCUGGACUGCAUCUGCGGCAGCACCACGGGCGGCCUGGGCCUGCUGGGGCUCUACAUCAACGAGAAGAACGUGGCUCUGGUCAACCAGACUCUGGAGAGCCUGACGGAGUACUGCCAGGGCCCGUGCCACGAGAACCAGACCUGCAUCGCCACCCACGAAUCGAACGGGAUUGACAUCAUCAUCGCCUUGAUCCUGAACGACAUCAACCCGCUGGGGAAGUACAGAAUGGACUUGGUGCUGCAGCUGAAGAACAACGCCUCCAAGCUCUUGCUGGCCAUUAUGGAGAGCAGACACGACAGCGAGAAUGCGGAGAGGAUCCUCUUCAACAUGAGACCCAGGGAGCUGGUGGAUGUGAUGAAGAAUGCCUAUAACCAAGGACUGGAAUGUGACCACGGGGACGAGGAGGGAGGGGAUGAUGGCGUUUCUCCAAAGGACGUUGGACACAACAUCUACAUUCUGGCCCACCAGCUGGCCCGCCACAAUAAGCUGCUGCAGCAGAUGCUCAAGCCCGGAUCCGACCCCGAGGACGGCGACGAAGCCCUGAAGUAUUACGCCAACCACACGGCGCAGAUCGAGAUUGUUCGGCACGACAGGACGAUGGAGCAGAUUGUGUUCCCCGUGCCCAACAUCUGCGAAUUCCUCACUCGGGAGUCCAAGUCCCGCGUGUUCAACACGACAGAGAGGGACGAGCAGGGCAGCAAGGUGAAUGACUUCUUCCAGCAAACAGAAGAUCUGUACAACGAAAUGAAGUGGCAGCGGAAGAUCAGAAACAACCCCGCUGUGUUCUGGUUCUCCAGACACAUCUCUGUCUGGGGCAGCAUCUCCUUCAACCUGGCUGUGUUCAUCAACCUCGCGGUGGCUCUCUUCUACCCGUUCGGGGAUGAUGGUGACGAAGGUACGCUGUCCCCGCUGUUCUCGGUCCUGCUUUGGAUAGCCCUGGCCGUCUGCACGUCAAUGCUGUUCUUCUUCUCCAAGCCCGUGGGCAUCCGGCCAUUUCUUGUGUCUGUCAUGCUCAGAUCCAUUUACACCAUUGGCCUGGGGCCGACGCUCAUACUUCUCGGUGCUGCCAAUCUGUGCAAUAAGAUUGUAUUCCUGGUGAGUUUUGUGGGAAACCGAGGCACGUUCACCCGAGGUUACCGAGCAGUCAUUCUGGAUAUGGCCUUUCUCUACCACGUGGCGUAUGUCCUGGUUUGCAUGCUCGGCCUCUUCAUCCACGAGUUCUUCUACAGCUUCCUGCUUUUUGACUUGGUGUACAGAGAAGAGACCCUGCUGAACGUCAUCAAGAGCGUCACACGGAACGGCCGCUCCAUCAUCCUGACGGCGGUCUUGGCUCUCAUCCUGGUCUACCUGUUCUCCAUCGUCGGCUUCCUUUUCCUAAAGGAUGACUUCACCAUGCAGGUGGACAGACUGAAGAGCAGAGCUCCACCCCCAGGCAAUCAUGGAGUCCCCACCAUGACCUUACCCUCCAUGAUGGGAACCUGCCAGAGGGAAAACUGCUCCCCCACAAUCCCCUCUUCAAACACAGCUGAUGAGGACGGCGAAGACAGCAUUGAGAGGGCGUGUGACACCCUGCUCAUGUGCAUUGUCACCGUGCUGAACCAGGGCCUCAGGAACGGCGGUGGCGUUGGGGAUGUGCUCAGACGGCCCUCGAAAGAUGAGCCCUUGUUUGCUGCGCGCGUGGUUUAUGACCUCCUCUUCUUCUUCAUCGUCAUCAUCAUUGUUCUCAACCUGAUCUUUGGCGUGAUCAUCGACACCUUUGCCGACCUCAGGAGUGAGAAACAGAAGAAGGAAGAAAUUCUCAAGACAACCUGCUUCAUCUGUGGCCUGGAGAGGGACAAGUUUGACAACAAGACAGUGUCCUUUGAGGAGCACAUCAAGUCAGAACACAACAUGUGGCAUUACUUGUAUUUCAUCGUCCUGGUGAAGGUGAAGGACCCAACAGAAUACACAGGACCUGAGAGCUACGUGGCUCAGAUGAUCAUGGAGAAGAACCUGGACUGGUUUCCCCGGAUGCGAGCCAUGUCACUUGUCAGCAAUGAAGGUGACAGUGAGCAAAACGAGAUCCGGAGCCUGCAGGAGAAGCUGGAGGCCACCAUGAGCCUGGUGAAGCAGCUCUCGGGGCAGCUGGCAGAGCUGAAGGAGCAGAUGACAGAACAAAGGAAGAACAAGCAGAGGCUGAGCUUCCUGGGAUCAAACACACCCCAUGCAAACCACCACAUGCCACCGCGCUGACGGCGUGGGCCGCCAGGACCGCCUCUCACCAGAUGCCUGCCUCCUCGCCACAGGAAGGAUGGAGACGGAGGGAGCGCACAGUGGCUAUUGUUGAAAAGCUAAAAAACAUCCAAGUGCCAAGAUGCUCCCAGAACAAUCUGUAACUGUGUUUUCACGCUUGAGAAGACGCAAGCUAAAAAAAAUUAAAAAGAACAGCUUAGGGCACAGACUGUGUGUGCAUCAGGAGGUCACCUGCCUGAGGGGCUGCAGAUCCCCCGCUCAAUCGAUAGGCUGUGGACCUGUCUCAAGCGCUGACUGCAGCCUCCGUCACGGCUGGCUGGAAUUUAUUUCUUUGAAUUGUGGCACACGGGUCAGUGAGACAGGAAGCCACACUUUGGUGGCUAAGUCUGACUAUGAAAAAAAAAAAUCUUAAAGAUUAAAAAGGAGAAUUGAAAAAGAGAUGUCAUUAAGCUUCCGAACCUCUGGUGUUACUGGACAGUUUCUUUAUGACAUGAAACAUGACAGGCUCAAGAGUGCUGCCUCGGAGUUCACACUGAAAAUGUAACUGUCAGGGUCACUGUCUCCAGGGCUGUGCAGGGCUGAAGGAAGCUUCAUAAGUGAGGAAUAUGCUUAAAGCCACACACAUGCUAAGAUCACGAAAGACCUGGAGAAGGAAGCUUGACCAUAAGACCCAGGAAAUAAUGUUUUGAGUGCAUAUGCUAUUAAAACAUACAGCUAUUAUAGAGCAAAACAAAACAACAUACAGCUAUUAAUAAGGGAAAACACUCAGGGGUGACAGCAUUGAGAACCUUACUCAGGUGGCCUGGCCUUCCAAGAGCAGGGGUAAAGCAGGUUGAUUUAUGUUCGUGGCGCUCCAGGGCUGAGUGUUUGCCUUCUCUGCAGCUGUGGUAGGGAAAUCUAAGAAAUGUGCCGAAUAUUCAAGAACACCAACGUUCAGGGCAUGCUUUAAGACUGUUGAGAGCAACAGCUUGCCGAAAUCUAGGCAGAUCCUAAUUCCUUCCCCAGAUUUGUUUGGAUGUUGAAUCAUGCAGCCAGAAUUGAUCAAGGGAGAAAACACCCUGGAUGGAUAGAUUCUCUUUGUCGCUCAUGCCUCAAAUAGUCUCCAUAAGUAAAGUAUGGAAACUGUUCUGUGGAGAGGGGCCACUAGCCACGACACUCCCUUCUGAACCAGGCUUUAUAGACAGUUGCUCUGUUGUCCAGAUUUUAAACCCUCAGCCACCAAGGGCCACGGGGGUUUGUCAGGACAAGUUUUAAAGCUUUAGGGCAUUUCGAUACAGUUUUGGCUAUUGGCUUAAAAAAAUAUCAAAUCCUGAUUCUGUGUAGACUGGCUAUAGGCAGGGAAGCUGAACCGGCCUCCUUAUUCUUCUUAGAGUAGAGCCGGGGACCCGGCGAGAUGCACUUUCUAACCACACUUCCUGGUCCUUGGCCCACGCUCACCAGCAUCACCAGAGACUAAGAUGUUCUCUGGGACAGGACAGCGCUUCUCUUAGCCUCAGGUAGAAGGGUGCUGCCAGUGGCCUUAGGUGUUCUGAGCUGAGACAGUGCUGCGCUGACCUUUGACCCUUAAUUCCUUGCUAAAACUUGAAAUUAACAUCACAAGUAAGAAUCAAUGGUCUUACCAAAUCAGACUGAGGCAGGCGCUUUUAAAACCCAUGGCCAUCCAUGCCAGGACAGUGUUUGAUGAAAGCACAGCACGCCCAACCAUCAGCCUUGGGGCCGCCAUGCAAGCGGCUCAAGCUUCCACACUGUACUUCCUCCUGUGGGAAAUAUCCAAAGGAUUUCACCUAAUGAGACUCUCACUAUGUCAAAAUUAAUUUUUUUCAGCUGCAUUUUUCUUUCUUUCCCUUCUACAAGAUUAAAUAUUAUGAAACAAAAUUUUUAAAAAAUCAAAUGAAACAAAAGGCACUUUUUAAGACACUGAAUCCAUAAAGAUGUUAAAAAUGAGGAAAUUUGCUGUCUGUUUGUGAGUUGAUAUUUGUUAUGUGUGUUUGUUAUGUAACUGGAUUAUUUGACUGGAGUUGGUUAGACUUGGUAUUCUCAUAUGUAUAUAGCUAUAUUAAAAACACAGUCACCUCUGACUUCUAUGCUAGAGAAUUUUUUUUAAUAUUUAGGUUAUUAAAAUCCAUAUUGGUUAAAAGUCACAGUUCCCACUGAAUAAUAUUUUUAAUUUACAGAUGGGUUUGUUCCCCUGUGUGUUCCAUUCUGUGGCUCAAGAGUUUAAUCAAAGGCAUUUUCUAAAUUAAAAUAAUCGUUUGAAAUUAGAGAUCUCACACUGUCUAGAGAUAUAAUAUCAACCAAUUGUGUGCAUGCAAAGACAGUAUUUCUGCCCUUUAGGAAGUUGGCUUGUUUUUCUGAAUCUGCCAUCUUCUUUUCUCUGUGGAUAAAGAUCAGUUUUUUGUAGACUGUUGAUAAUUGCAGGAAGCUAAUUCAUUUGACUCAGAGCUGAUACUGGACUGAUCCCCUUAUUUCCAGCUCACAGCUCAGACUUCUGGCUGCCUUCUGAAGGUUGUGGUUGUUUAAUUAUAAACUGUAAUGUGGUGUGACUUCAUCGCUGGGGCUGAGUGAGGAGGCUUAGCAGCUGGUGAAGAAGACUAAGCCAGGUCUCCACUUCCCAGGAUGCCUCUGUUGGGAGAGGAGGAGCAAGGCUCGCCUCCAGGGGCCCAGUAGAUCAGAGGAAGCAAAUCUUGCCUAACUGUGAUGACUUCUCACGCAGACAGCAUGCUGUAUGGAAGAGUAAACAAAAGAUGACAUAUUCCUGACAGCUGUUUUAAAAGCUGCAGUGCAAUGGUUAUUGCAGUCUUCUGGCCUGGAGAUCCCUUCCAAGCUACUGAGAUGAGACACAGUUAGGCCUGGAGGGAACAGGAGUCUGAAAUCCAGACCAGAUGCCUGAGGGAGCCAGGUGAAGAGCCAAGCUGUGAGCAGCUUGGAGGCUCCGGCCUGGGCAGGGCCUGGAGAGCUGUGGACGCCAUGUAAGCUCUCUCUUUUCAAAAACUGACAGCCAAUUCCAGAUUUCAGAAAGUGCACGGGCCACCUGAAGCCCCCUCCUUACUCAUCUGCUGCGCCUCUGAAAGAGCAACUGAUAAAACUCCCACCGAUGAAGACACGAGGCUAACAUCAAACAGAAGUGAAUGCACGCGCAGGCUGGGGAUUCGGAAAGCAACUCCAGGCCACCUCAGAACCGGAGUGUCCCCACUCCAGGCCACCUCAGAACCGGAGUGUCCCCACUCCAGGCCACACCUCAGAACCAGAGUGUCCCCACUCCAGGCCACCUCAGAACCGGAGUGUCCCCACUCCAGGCCACACCUCAGAACCGGAGUGUCCUAACUCCAGGCCACACCUCAGAACCGGAGUGCCCCACAGUCCUGAAGAGUCAAUGAGGUGUCUGCAAUGCUCGCCUCACCGAAUGGAGGCCUCAGAACCGGAGUGCCCCACAGUCCUGAAGAGUCAAUGAGGUGUCUGCAAUGCUCGCCUCACCGAAUGGAGGCCUCAGAACCGGAGUGCCCCACAGUCCUGAAGAGUCAAUGAGGUGUCUGCAAUGCUCGCCUCACCGAAUGGAGACCUCAGAACCGGAGUGUCCCACAGUCCUGAAUAGUCAGUGAGCUGUCUGCAAUGCUCGCCUCACCGAAUGGAUUCCCUUUCCUCCAGCAAUAGAGAACUGCUGUCUUUUAAAAGGUGAUUUUAACAUACUGUCAGGACUGGAUAACUUAUAAGUUAAUAUUAAUAAAAUGAGUUUGUAUCUUG